AGCGCAACUUAUCAACUUUAAAUCGAACAACGAUCGUGUCAUGGUGUGAUCGACUGAAAGAUUUUGAUGAAAAUAAAAUAUAGUCGUAUAGAAAAUCUGAUGAUGAAUAGAAUUGUCUCGGUUACGUCACGUGCCCAAAGCGCGUGGUUCCACGCUCCCCCAUAGGUGAGGAAAGGCAAUUUGAAUCCUACCGAAACUCAAAACUUACUUCCUUUCCCAACACCUAAAAGCCGAAAUCUCUCUUUCAUAGUUUCGAUUAAAUAAUUUCCCAAUUUCGAUAUUAAAAGGAGGAAAAAGAAUCCGGCCAUGUACUUCCAUUCGCCUACACGAACACAUAUAGGUACGCGUAUACAGCGGUGAUAUCUAUAUUAUUUCUGCCGAAUUUCCAAGGGUUCGUUUGUGUGAGUGUAGCGGCCGCCGCGCAGAUCUGAGUUUUUCAGGAUUCCGGAAUUAGUUACAUCCCAGUGCACCUUAAGAAAGGCCGAUAACACUGAAGCUUAAGUACUGAGAAAUGGAAGAUCUUUCAAGUUUUUGGGGCCCCGUGACAUCCACACAUGAGUGGUGUGAGCUGAAUUAUGUCCACUCUUCUUACAUUGCCGAAUUUUUCAACACCAUAUCUAAUAUCCCAUGCAUCAUCCUAGCACUCAUUGGUCUUGUUAAUUCACUGAGACAACGAUUUGAGAAAAGGUUCAGCGUCCUUCACUUAUCAAAUAUGAUACUCGCCAUUGGCAGCAUGUUAUAUCAUGCCACAUUGCAGCGACUGCAGCAGCAAGGGGAUGAAACACCUAUGGUGUGGGAAAUGCUCCUAUAUAUCUACAUUCUUUACUCUCCUGAUUGGCAUUAUCGAAGUACAAUGCCCACCUUUUUGUUUCUCUAUGGUGCAAUAUUUGCAGUUGCACACUCACAAGUUCGCUUCGACAUUGGUUUCAAGGUGCACUACGCACUGCUUUGUCUUCUUUGCAUUCCUAGGAUGUACAAGUAUUAUAUUCACACUGAAGACAAAGCUGCUAAGAGGUUGGCAAAGCUCUAUGUGGCCACUCUUGUUGUGGGAACUAUCUGUUGGCUAGUUGACCGUCUCUUAUGCAAGCAUAUUUCGCUGUGGCACUUCAAUCCACAGGGUCAUGCCCUGUGGCAUGUUUUAAUGGGUUUCAACUCAUACUUUGCCAAUACAUUUUUGAUGUUUUGCCGAGCUCAACAACGAGGGUGGAAUCCAAAAGUAGAGCACUUUUUGGGUAUGUUCCCUUACGUCAAGAUUCAAAAACCAAAAGCCCAGUAGCAGCAGAUACCACCUGGUAGAAAUGAAUUACUUGUGACAAAGUGCGACCAUGUUAUGUGCUGGUUGGCAAAACUGAGAUUCAUUUUUUUUGUCUUUUUGUUUUGAAACAUGUAUGUAAAUGAUAGCUGGGAGUAAACUUAGUUGGUUCAUAUUUAAAUUUUGACUGUAAAAUUAGCGUUUUGUGAGGUAGCAUAUUUUUAGACUCCCACUCAAGCCACCACGAACUAGGUGUUAUCUAUUGAGUUUUCAAUCUUCUCCCUAUAUCGUAUUCGUGUGUGCUGAGAAGGGUUUUUAUUUUCAUUCGUUUGGAUUUUCAUUUGAAUUCGAAAUAUCUAUAUUUACCCCUCCUA